CUAGAGUCACAAUAAUAAGGCGGAGUUGGCAGGGGCAGUCUGAACUCGACAACAGCACACCUCAACGCGGCUUCCACAGCCAGGCAACUCCCGGCGGAUUAAACUACAUGUGUUUACUUACCAGAGGUGUAACAAACGCAUGUUGACCAGCUGUAUGAGUAAAACUAGAACGGAGAAAUUACUCGUACAUUGCGCACGUCACCGCGGACUUUGCGUACGAGACGGGCAACGGAGAGCUACAAAGCCGGCUGUGCCGUAUGGUUGUGAGCAGCCCAGCCCCCAACGAGUCGGAGUGGCCUGCUCAAAGGAGAGAGGGAAAGCUAACUUAGCUGAUGCAUUAACUUACCCUGUUGCUGCAUCUUACUGUUCGGUUGUUUGGGUUUUACCUUGACCUCUUCUUUUAAAAGGGAUUUUGACGCACUAUGUCGUAAAAAGUUGGACUGUUGUUUAAUUUGGCUCAUAGCCUUUUAAGAGACAUCUGCAGGUUAUUUUGUGUUGGAUAACGUUCGCGUACAGCGUUGAUAAUAACACUGCUAGCCGGGUAGCUAGCUAGGUAGCUAACGUUAUAGCUACGUCGUUUCAAAUUAGCUAGAUUGUCUCAAAGCUGUGCACUACUUUUAGAACAACAGCAGGCUAAAAUUUUAAUUCCAAAAAGCAGACAGAUGAUUAUGUUGAUGACGAACGAUAACGGUCAUUGUACGUGUUAGAAGACAGCUGGUGAAUGCGCUUUUGUGAAUUUGCCAUAAACCUCGCUUGGCUUCCCAUUUUCUGCAGUCUAACAUUAGGAUUGGCUGUUGUAACGUGAAAACCCUGUUGUUAGGAUUUUAAGACGAUCUUUUAAUCUUUGUGUAACUGUUAGUCAAUUUAAUUGAUGCUGUGAAAUGCGUCUGUAUACUUGUGCAAGCUCUGUAUACUUUACAAGAUCUUCGUCGCAUUUUAACAAGCUGGUGAACUUACUAUCCAAGAGGGAGUUGAUCUGAUCGCUCGCUAUUAGCGCCGCAGCAUUUACUCUUGAGCGCAUUGGAGUUUCUGGGAGUAAGAACUGGAAUCCAAAAAAUAAUUGGAGUUUAAGUGGAGUUGCAUGUCGUUUAGAUUGGACAUCUGUUUGUUUGUGUGGGGCUAAGGGCUGUAUUGGGACUCUUGCAUCCUCCCUAAACCAGCCGUGGUCCUCUGCGAGAUCGUCCUUCCCUUUGCCCUGAUCUCUGCUCUAUUCCGGCUCCUUUCUCCGAUGUGGAGCGCCUGAGUUUCACCGGCAACCUUUCUCCCCCGGAGGCCGGACAUGCUGAAGUGUAUUCCCCUGUGGCGCUGUAACCGCCACGUCGAGUCGGUGGACAAGCGGCACUGCUCCCUGCAAACAGUCCCCGAUGAGAUCUACCGCUACAGUCGAACCCUAGAGGAACUGCUUUUGGACGCCAACCAGCUCAAGGAGCUACCCAAGCCAUUCUUCCGGCUGCUGAACCUGCGUAAGCUGGGCCUGAGUGAUAAUGAGAUCCAGCGCCUCCCGCCAGAGGUGGCCAACUUUAUGCAGCUGGUGGAGCUGGACAUCUCCAGAAAUGACAUUCCUGAGAUCCCCGAGAGCAUUAAGUUCUGCAAAGCGCUGGAGAUCGCCGACUUCAGCGGAAACCCCCUCUCCAGUUUGCCAGAUGGCUUCACACAGCUCCGAGGCCUUGCCCACCUCGCACUCAACGACGUGUCUCUGCAGACUCUACCCAGCGACAUAGGAAAUCUUGCCAACCUGGUGACCCUGGAGCUGAGAGACAAUCUGCUGAAGUCUUUGCCAACGUCUCUGUCCUUUCUUGUAAAACUGGAGCAGCUGGAUCUGGGCAGCAAUGUGCUGGAAGUGCUGCCGGACACACUGGGAGCCCUCCCGAACCUGCGUGAGCUGUGGUUGGACAGGAACCAGCUGACCUCAUUGCCACCUGAGCUGGGAAACCUGCGCCGCCUAGUGUGCCUGGACAUCUCCCAGAACCGUCUGGAGGAACUGCCCAACGAGCUCAGCGGCCUGCUGGCUCUGACGGACCUGCUGCUUUCCCAGAACCUCCUGGAGGUCAUCCCCGACAGCAUCGGCUCCUUGAAGCAACUGUCCAUUCUGAAGGUGGAUCAGAACCGGCUCCUGCAGCUCACAGACUCCCUCGGAGAAUGUGAGAACCUGACGGAACUCAUGCUGACGGAGAACCUCCUGCAGUCUCUGCCCCGCUCGCUGGGGAAGCUCAAGAAGCUGACCAACCUGAACGUGGACCGGAACCGGCUUGGCACGGUGCCCCCUGAGCUGGGCGGAUGUGCCUGUCUGAACGUGCUCUCGCUGAGGGACAACCGGCUGGCCAAGCUGCCCGCUGAGCUGGCCGAUGCCACCGAGCUGCACGUGCUGGACGUGGCUGGGAACAGACUGCAGAACCUGCCGUUUGCGCUGGCUAACCUGAACCUGAAGGCCAUGUGGCUGGCGGAGAACCAAUCACAGCCCAUGCUCAAGUUCCAGACCGAGGACGACGAGCAGACGGGAGAGAAGGUGCUCACCUGCUACCUCCUACCCCAGCAGCCCACGCCCAGCCUGGAGAACCUACUACAGAACAGUGUGGAUGAGUCCUGGACGGACAGCAACCUUAACCGCGUGUCGGUCAUCCACUUCCAGGAGGAGGCCAAGCCAGAGGAAGAAGAUGAUGAAGCUGCUGCUGAGAGAAGGCAGGGGCUCCAGCGCAGGGCAACUCCCCACCCUAGUGAGCUGAAGGUGAUGAAGAAGGUGAUCGAGGAGCGCAGGAACGAGGCCUACACCGCCAAACCAGACGGAGACCUGGAGUCUCCCGACACAGAGGAGAAGCGCCUGAGCGGAGUGUCCAAUCAGAGCCACGACUCUCAGGCCUCCAACAGCACGGCCUCUGCCACCUCCCACGACGAGAGGCAGGGCCUCAACAACCAGCGGGGGGCUCUGGUGGACGGCCACGUCCAGGAGCAGGAGGACGAGGAGCUGGACGAGAUGGAGGUGGAGUACAUCGAGCCCACCGUGCACUUUGCUGAGGAGCCCAUCAUCCGAGGCGGCGACGAGGACGAAGACGAGGACGACGACGACGACGACGGCGGCAGCGACGACAACGCGGAGCCGCCGCCCCCGUACCCCGGGCAGAAGCAGCGGCUGAUCCGCAAGGACACCCCACACUACAAAAAGCACUUCAAGAUCACCAAGCUGCCCAAGCCCGAGGCCGUGGCCGCCCUGCUGCUGCAGGGCUACAACCCCGACGUCCUCGCCCACUCCCCGCACGAGCACAACAACGCCGCCGCCGACGAGGAGGAAGAGGAGGAGGACGAGGAAGAGGAGGAGCAGAGGCGACAGGACAUGAGACGGAGAGAGGAAGAGGAGGAGGAGGAGGAGGAGGAUGAGGAGCACGGGGUGAGCGCCUCCACGCCGCUCCUUCAGCGGACGCCGGGGCCCGAGCUGGAGAACAGCCGGCUGCUGCACGUCAACUCCUCCCUGCAGCCGGUCAAGGGGGUGUCAUUUGAUCAAGUCAAUAAUCUGCUGAUUGAGCCUGCUCGAAUUGAGGAGGAAGAGUUGACCCUGACCAUCCACAGGCAGACCGGAGGUCUGGGUAUCAGUAUUGCCGGUGGAAAGGGCUCCACGCCCUAUAAGGGGGAUGAUGAGGGCAUCUUCAUCUCGAGAGUAUCAGAGGAGGGGCCCGCUGCACGCGCAGGAGUUAAAGUGGGAGACAAACUCCUGGAGGUGAAUGAUGUGCAACUGCAGGGUGCUGAGCACCACACAGCAGUGGAGGCUCUGCGGAGCUCGGGCGCGGCCGUCACCAUGACUGUUCUGCGCGAGCGCAUGGUGGAACCGGAGAACGCCAUCACCACCACGCCGCUGCGGCCCGAAGACGACUACUUCCCGCGGGAGCGGCGCGCCAGCGGGGUUCCGUUCUGCAUGGAGCCCGGCUCGCCCGCACCCAGCGCCGACACCUUCCGCCUGUCCACGUGCCUGCUGCGCAACGACAAGGGUCUGGGCUUCAGCAUCGCCGGGGGAAAGGGCUCCACGCCCUACCGGACCGGAGACACGGGUAUCUUCAUCUCGCGUAUUGCAGAGGGUGGAUCAGCGUCCAGAGACAACGUGCUCAAAGUGGGAGACCGGGUCAUCUCUAUCAAUGGUGUAGACAUGACAGAGGCCAGGCAUGACCAGGCAGUAGCGCUGCUUACCGGCACCUCCCCCACCAUCGCCCUGCUGGUGGAGCGCGAGCAGGGCCCCCACGCCGGCCGCGGCCGCGCCCACUCCCCCCCGCCCCCAGAGCCCUCCGACUCCCCCGAGCAGGAAGAGGCCAGCGACGAGCACGCCAACCACCUCAGCCACGCCAUGGAGGACGAGUACCCCAUCGAGGAGGUGAUAUUGGUAAAGGCAGGUGGACCGCUAGGACUGAGUAUCGUGGGUGGCAGCGACCACGCAAGUCACCCGUUUGGCGUCAAUGAGCCGGGGGUCUUCAUCUCUAAGGUGAUCGCCCACGGGCUUGCGUGUCAGAGUGGGCUGCGUGUGGGCGAUCGGAUCCUGGAGGUGAACACCACCGACCUGCGGCACGCUACACACCAGGAGGCUGUGAGGGCGCUGCUCUCCAACAAGCACGAGAUCCGCAUGCUGGUGCGCCGGGACCCCUCCCCACCUGGCAUGCAGGAGAUCGUGAUCAUGAAGCAGCCUGGUGAGAAGCUGGGCAUCAGCAUCCGAGGAGGAGCCAGAGGCCAUGCUGGAAAUCCCUUUGAUGCCACAGAUGAGGGCAUCUUCAUCUCUAAGGUGAGCUCCACAGGGGCGGCGGCCCGUGAUGCACGGCUGCUGGUGGGCAUGCGUAUCCUGGAGGUGGGCAACCACAGCCUGUUGGGCAUGACGCACACGGAGGCGGUGCGGGUGCUGCGCUCCACUGGAGACACGCUGGUGCUGCUGGUGUGCGACGGCUUCGACCCGCGCAACGUCACCGGCAUCGAGUCCUCACCUGGAGUCAUCGCCAACCCGUUUGCAGGUGGGAUUGUCCGGAAAAACAGCAUGGAGAGCAUUUCAUCCAUCGACCGAGACCUCAGCCCUGAGGAGAUGGACAUCCUGCAGAAGGAGGUAGAGAUGGCCAGAGAGACCUCCCAGUGGGAGAGGGAGGAGAUGGAGAAAGUGGAGCGCAUGCGUUUGGAGCGCGAGGAGGCCACACGGCAGCUAGAGGAGGAGGCCGAGAACAUUAGCGCCGGCCCUCUGAAACUGGACUACAAGACACUGGCAGCACUACCCACGACCAGUCUGCAGAAGGUUAACCGGGCGCCCUCCGCAGACGCCCAGAGGACAGAUAGUCCUAUUGGUGAUGCGUCCUACUCACCCAGCUCCCAGCCCGCCAGUAUCCAUUUCACCUCUAAUGCCACACCCAAGGACAAUUCAUCUACCAAGCCGGGUGUGAUCCAGCCCAUGUCUCGCAUGAGGCAAACGGCCUCGCCAGUCAGCCAGGACGGCCACAGCAGCCCCAACCCCUUCCAGCAUGGUCCCUCCCCCAUCAGCUCCCAGACUUCUGACAAAUUUGGUCAACGGAACAACGUUCACCCUGUACAGCCAUCCCCUGAGCCCGACGAGGCAGAUGAUGUGUUCACAGACGAGGUGGAGGUGGACGGGGGACUGGGCAGCCCCCGCGCCCCCCUUGUCUCGGGCGACUACGCAACUCUGGCAGCAGUGCCACGGCUUUCGCGGCCCACUGUGGAGUUUAAGCAGACGCCCAGUCCCAUGGGAAGGAACAGCCCAGAGCAGCGCUCCUUCAGGGAUCGGCAGAAGUACUUUGAGAUCGACGUGAAGCAGCAGACCCCAGACAACAAGCCCAAGCCCCGUGUGUCCUUGGUCGGGGAGGACGACCUGAAGAAGAUGAGGGAGGAGGAAGAAAAGAGGUUUGUGCAGUGUGCACGGGACUACCUGCUUGACGAGGAAGAGGAGGAGGAGGAAGACCUUGCCAAGCAGGUGGCGGCGAUGAAGGCCAGUGGGAAGGUGCUGCUGGACGGCGUGGAGUACAAGGUGGAGAGUGUGAGCGGGAACAGCUCGCAUUUGGCCACGCCCCCCAGGAUGUGUGCCACGCCCCCAAGCUACAACUCCACACCGCCAAGCUAUUGUGGGACAUCCGGGCCUUCAUCAAUUGAUGGCAGAGGAGACUCCCAGAGGAACUCCAUGGAGGAGACCUUCAGACUGGACCAGAGGCCCAACUCCAUGACUGGACUCGUGCCCAUGUACCCCGGUGUUGAGUCUGGCGCGCCCAUCCGCACUGCCAAGGCGGAGCGCAGGCACCAGGACCGUCUGCGCAUGCAGAGCCCCGAGCUGGCCGUGGCGUCGGACAAGGAGCUGUCGCCCGCGGAGAAGCGCGCGCUGGAGGCCGAGAAGAGGGCCAUGUGGCGGGCCGCCAGGCCUUAUGGCCUAGAGGAGGAUGUCAGGCAGUAUGAGCAGGAUCUGGCCAAGAGACUGUACCAGUCCAGAGUGCGGGCGUCGCAAGCCAGCGCCAACCCCAACCCUUCCUCCUCCUCUUCCUCCUCCUUCCAGCCCAGGAUGAAGUCUCUGGAGCAGGACGCGCUGAAGGCCCAGAUGGUCAUCGCCAAGUCCAAGGAGAACAAGAAGCGCAGCACACUGGACCAGCUGGUGGAGUCGCCCUCGCCGGCCCCCACCCCCUCCCCCACGCCUCUGGAUGAUAUCAGUCCUCGAGGUGUGACGUCCCCUGGCAGACUGUCCCUGUCAGAAAAGAAGUUUGACUACCGACAGUUUGCCGCCAUUCCUUCUUCCAAACCUGUUUACGACAUCCAGUCUCCUGACACUGCUGACAACAUGCGCUACAUUGACGACGGCUCCAGCAACCCAGCAGUGGGUGCUGAUGUGGAGGUGUCUGGUGUGGUGGGCAGCUCUGCUCUGGAGGAGAUGGCGCUCUACAGCAACAAACGCAAACUCCGCCAGGCUCGUCGCAGCCUAGAGACAGCAGUGCCCACAUAACCCCCUACAGACACACACUCACUCACACACAGUUGAGAUACCCAAAAACAAUAGUGUGCACACAUGCAAACAAAUUCUCAAACACUAAUGACUGAGGUGAAGUUUUAAACACUAAUGGCCACACUUGUACUCGAAUACUCGAUACUGCACAGUAAUCAGACUACACACACACACACACAUUUUCAGACCAGCUUUCAGAUCAAAGCACCAAGAUUUAUGAGUUCAAUUCACCCCACCGCCACAACCUUGAGGGGUGUCCAUGGACGUGUCCACCACUCCAGCUCCUCGUCUUCUGGACGCCAGUCAUGCCUUUCAGAGCGCAGGGGUUGACCAGGGAAACCCCGUGUUCCCAGUGCUCUGUGCUGGACAAAGAGCAAACGCGAUGCUACGAGACCACCAACACUUAACUCAUUCAUCUCACCGUUCUGUCAUACUCUCCAGCCGGCCUUCAGUUUGCGUUUUAGAAGCUGAAUUAUUUUAAACUGACAACUCACACCUUUUUUCUUUCUUUUUUAAUUCACACGUAGUAUUUUAAUGUCAAAAAAAGACAAUUGUUGUAUGAAGAGAGAAAACAUGUAAAGAAAUGUAGUUGCUGUUGUACUAACUUUUCUGUUAAGUUUGAUGAGAAUUGUUGAUGAUGACUAUGCUAGAGGUAUUCUGUCGCAGUUUGAUGAUGGAGAGACGGCUACCUUCACUACCCCCCAUCCACAGGUCCUAAAGCCCACCAGAUUAAAGCAGAAUCCCAUUUGUAGUCCUUUCCAUUGUGCUCUUGUCAUUGUCAGGUGUUCUUCCUUUAUUAAAGUAGACAUCACCCCAGAAAAGGGGGCGGGGGGAGUGGGGUUUUAUUUCUGAAUGCACCAAUUACCUCACGGGCAGGAGAAAGGUGGUGCAGAGCCUGGCGCAAUCACACUGCUUUGUGUGUCUGUCGUGAAGCUUUUCCUUUCUUUUCAAACUCGAGGCCUUGUCGCAGAGCUUUAAAUUCAUGACAUAUCUGGCAAUCUGUCAUAUCCUCCAUGUGUGAAUUGGAGCUUGCUUCAGAGUUAUGCAGAUGAAUGUAAUUGUUUUCUAAUUUUUUUCUUCUCUGAAACAUGUAUUUUUAAAUCCAUAUUUGGGUGUCUUGCAUGAAGACGUCAUAUCAGCCAUGAGGCUGAUGCUCUCCCAACAAUCGUGAUAUUUUCAAAUUGAAAGUAGGAAGUGGCUGUUGUUGUUGUGGCCCUUUUGAACUGGACGAUAUAAUGUUGUAUGACCACUCACUCGUCAAACACUGUCUGGGAGGGGAGUUUGGUUUUUUGUUAUCGUUAAAUAAGAGUUGGCAUCAGCCUAUUGGCUGGUCCUGGCGUGGGUUUCCCCAUGCUGAAGUAGUGGUCUCUGGACCAGUUGGCCAUUUAAUCAUAGUUUUCCCUGGACCAUGUUUAGCUUUUCCACAUCUAUCCCAUUCCACAGAAUGAUACAAUAUACUGGUGAAGACCACAGGAAAACUAACAAACUAAAUGAUUUUUUCUUGUGUGUAUACACACACAAACACUCACGCACACCCACACACAUUCAUAAAAUAUGCUGAUAAACAUGCAAUCAUCUGACCAUUGCUUUUAAGAGCCAGUGAAAGUUCAUCUCAUCUCCAUGUGGACUAAAUGGUACCAUGCUUUCCUUUUCUACUUUAUGGGGAGGACCUCACAAGCAGACAUAUUUUUAGCUUUGUUUAGUGUAUAAAACUCAUUACACAUAUCUGCUCUCUGGGGCUGCUCCAAACAGGCUUGUGAAGGUUGGAGCUCAUUUGUACUUUUUAUUAAAAUAAAAAAAAAAAGUAUCUUUUACCAUAUGAAUGAUUUAAUUUAAAUCUGAAGCCACUGAAAAAAAAAAAUGUUUAUGGUCGUGUGAAUAAUGUACAAAAUAACAUGAAAGGCAAAACUAAACACUCAUCUAAUGUGAGCUGGUUCACACCACAGUCAAGUCUUAGUGGUCCAGCAGCUCUCUGCGUGUAUAUUGGCUUUAGUGCAUUGAUAUGUUGUUUUUCUGCAGAGGGAGAGAGAUUAAUCCUUCGCAUAGUGUAAAAGAGAGAUAGAAAAAUGUAUUUUAUUUUUGAGCUUUCAGAAAACAGUCUUUCCUCGGGUAGACCGCCGUCAGACCUGAAUCGGAGGGGUUUUGUUUUUGAAGAAUCAUAUCAAGAAAAUAGCAUUUGUGUUUGUAAUUUAAUUUUACUAAUCUUAGCACCUGUUUUUAUCUUCUGUUUUUAUUGUUUGUUUGUUUUUUGUUUUUUUUUGGAUUUUGUUUUGCUUUUUCAUGUCGCUUUCACUGACUGAAAUUCAGUUUGGUUGAUAACACUUCUGAGAAAGACUGAUUUUAGCUCCUUCUAUUGGUUUUCUUUCCCAAAACCAGCGGUCAAAAUCAUGGUUCUCCAAACUAACGAGAUUCACUACAUUACUAUAAUUUCAUGUUCCAUUACAGGACUGUUGUUUGAUCAUCCAUUUUUUGUUUGUUUUGGGUUAUUUUCUUCUCUUGGGAAG